AUCAUGAACCUAUUCAGAUCAAUUUUAAGAUCGUUUGCAAGGGAAAAUGAACUGCAGAGCAUGCUGCCCUCUGACUUGGAAAAAGGGCAGGAAAAGGCAUCGACCGGGGGUGGAGAAGCUGUUUGUUCGAUCGCUGCCAGCCCUUACAGGAUCCUUAGGGCUGCGGAAAAUGGAAACCUGGAAAUGUUCCAAAGACUCUACAUCCAGGAUCCAAGUCGCCUGUCUAUCCGGGAUUCACGAGGUCGCACCACCGCUCACCAGGCAGCUGCAAGAAACCGAAUUAAUAUUCUGCAGUUUAUUACCCAGCAAGGAGGAGACUUAAAUGCCCAAGAUAAUGUAGGAAACACGCCCCUGCAUGUAGCAGUGGAAGCUGAAACAGUAGAUGCAAUUGAGUUUUUACUGGCCACUGGGGCAAAAUCGGAUAUUCUUAAUGACAAGAAGCAAGCCCCAAUUCACUUAGCUACAGAACUAGAUAAAAUUUCCGUGCUACAAGCCAUGGCAAGAUAUAAAGGAAAAGUCGACAUCCAACAAGGGGGUGAACAUGGCCGAACUGCACUGCAUAUUGCUGCCAUUUACGACCACGAUGCAUGCGCUAGGAUUUUGAUUUCGGACUUUGGAGCAAGUCCAAGAAAACCUUGCGAUAACGGCUACUAUCCCAUCCAUGAUGCGGCUAAGAACGCCUCGUCCAAAACCAUGGAGGUUUUCCUGGCCUGGAGCGAAUCUCUUGGUUGCACCAGAGAAGAAAUGAUCUCCUUCUACGACGCUGAAGGAAACGUUCCUUUGCACUCGGCUGUACAUGGUGGAGACAUCAAAGCUGUGGAACUUUGCAUCAGAUCAGGCGCGAAGAUUUCCACUCAACAGCACGAUCUCUCCACUCCAGUCCAUCUGGCAUGUGCCCAAGGUGCAAUCGAAAUAGUGAAAAUCAUGUUCCAAAUGCAGCCGGAAGAGAAAAAGGCCUGCUUAGCAUCUUGCGACGUCCAGAAAAUGACCCCUUUACAUUGCGCUGCCAUGUUCGAUCGUCCAGAUAUUGUGGAAUACCUGAUUAGUGAAGGUGCUGAUUGCAAUUCCAUCGACAAAGAGCGCCGAUCCCCUUUGCUGUUGGCUGCAUUGAGAGGUGGCUGGAAAACGGUGCAUACAUUAAUCCGCCUGGGCGCCGACAUCAACAUCAAAGACAUCAACAAGAGAAACGUGCUUCAUUUAGUCGUAAUGAAUGGUGGGCAAUUGGAGCAAUUUGCAGAGGAAGUAAGUAACGCCAAAUCCAAGGAAAGUCUCCUUCAACUGCUGAACGAAAAAGACCUCACUGGGUGUUCGCCUCUUCAUUACGCGAGUCGCGAGGGCCACAUUAAGAGCUUGGAAAAUCUGAUUCGUCUUGGGGCCUGCAUCAACCUGAAAAACAACAACAACGAAAGCCCUUUGCAUUUCGCCGCCAGGUAUGGACGAUACAACACAGUCAAACAGCUGCUGGACUCGGAAAAGGGCAACUUUAUCAUCAAUGAAAGCGAUGGAGUCGGGAUGACUCCCUUACACAUCGCCUCCCAACAGGGGCAUACCAGAGUUGUGCAACUGCUGCUCAAUAGAGGCGCUUUACUGCAUAGAGACCAUCAUGGAAGAAACCCGCUUCAUUUGGCUGCAAUGAAUGGAUAUACACAAACCAUUGAGCUCCUUUUGUCUGUACACUCUCACCUGUUGGACCAACUGGACAAAGAUGGGAACACUGCUCUCCAUUUGGCCACAAUGGAGAACCGACCCAAUGUAAUCGCUCAGCUCUUGUCCAUGAAAUGCAAACUUCUCUACAAUCAAUCGGAAAUGAGCGCAAUUGACUAUGCCAUUUAUUACAAGUACUUGGAGGCUGCUUUGGCAAUGGUGACCCAUGAAGAUAGGGCCGAAGAAAUAAUGGCAAUGAAAUCGCCAAAAAAUCCUUGCGUUUCUCUUGCCCUGAUUGCUUCGAUGCCUCGAGUAUUCGAAGCUGUGCAAGACAAGUGCAUUAUUAAAGCCAAUUGCAAGCAAGAUUCCAAAUUGUUUUCGAUAAAGUACAACUUCAUUUGUUUGCAACACAUGACCCAAAGCGAGGAGAUCGAUGAGAAAACUGGGGAAAAACUGGUGGCAAAGGAAAAAUCACCACUUCCAGCACUAAAUGCAAUGGUGGCGCAUGGUCGGGUUGAGCUCUUGGCCCAUCCAUUGAGCCAGAAAUACUUGCAAAUGAAAUGGAACUCGUAUGGAAAGUACUUUCACUUGACCAACUUGCUGUUUUACUGCAUUUUUCUGGGAUCCAUCACGUGUUUUUCCUCCCAGCUGAUGGAGCAUGAGAAGGCCCUGAAUUUCAGCUACUUGAACCUGAGCCAUAUGAGCACUGAGCAGAAAUACGCUGAGCGAAAAUCGGAGAUUCUGAACGUGCAAAUGAACUACUCCAUGUACAUUUGCGCCAUGGUAAUUCUGGUUUUUAUUGUGGUGAAUGGAGCCCGCGAAGUCGCCCAGAUGUUGCAGCAGAAAUACGUCUAUUUCUUCAAUCCCAUCAACUUGGUGACUUGGUGCUUGUAUGGAGCUACGGUUGUAAUGGUUCUGCCCAUUUUUGGCGGGGAAAUUUACGAAAUCCAGUUCUCCUUUGCUUCAAUGGCGGUUUUUCUCAGCUGGUGCAACCUGCUUCUUCUGCUGCAGCGCUUCGACCAAGUGGGAAUUUACGUGGUGAUGUUUCUGGAAAUAUUGCAGACUCUGAUUAAGGUGCUGAUGGUUUUCUCCAUUCUAAUCAUCGCUUUUGGGUUGGCGUUUUACAUAUUGCUGUCCAGAGGUGACCACCUCUCCUUCAAGACGAUCCCCAUGGCUCUGAUACGCACAUUUUCGAUGAUGUUGGGAGAAAUCGACUUUCUAGGAAGCUAUGUGAAGCCCUAUUACUUGAGCAAUAAAGAUGAAAACACCUUUUUGCCGUUUCCCAUUCCAGCGUUCCUCAUCCUGGGAAUAUUUAUGGUUCUAAUGCCCAUUUUGCUCAUGAAUCUCCUCAUUGGUUUGGCCGUGGGUGACAUAGAGAGUGUCAGAAGGAAUGCUCAACUGAAAAGACUGGCCAUGCAGGUUGUUCUACAUACGGAGCUGGAAAGAAAAUUGCCGCGCCGAUGGCUGCAGAGAGUGGACAAAUCUGAAGUAAUCGAAUACCCCAACGAGUGCAAGAGCAAGAAGGGGAUAAUCGAUUUUAUACUGAAGAAAUGGUUUGGAAGCCCUUUUUCUGAAGACAGUGACAUUGUGAUGGAGAACUCAGAGGACUAUGUAAUGAACGAAUUGGCCAAAACUAAGAACAAACUCAAGGAAAUAUCUCAAGCAAUCGAGACUCAGAAUCAAUUCCUGAGGUUAAUUGUGCAGAAAAUGGAAAUUAGAACCGAAGCCGACGACGUGGACGAGGGCGUAUCAGUCAAAGUGUCCUCCGGACAUUCAAACAAGUGGACUUCACCGAAAAUCCGGAAAAAAAUCAAGUCCGUUUUGAGCUUCUCACACAGAACAAACAGCGCCUAAUUGCACAGAAACACUAAUAACUUGUCAAAAAAAAAAAAAUUCCUCGUUUUUUUUUAGUUUUUCUUAAAUGUCUGUAGAGUAGAGGGUUACAGUGCUUUGAAUGUAAACGUUCCGUUUUACAAUUAUGGUGUCCUCUAAUUAAGUAGUAGGUAUACGUGGUCUGCGUAGGGACCAAUUAUAGAAUCAAAUGACCAAUGGCAGAAAAAAUGAGCAAACUGUUCCAAUCUAAGUCGAAUUGGUGAAUCGAGAACAUCACAGUUUCUUGGUUUGUUCCGCAGAUAUUUAAAUUAGUGUCUGACCAUCUCUAUUUUAAUUAAAUGUGAUAGAAUUAAUAAAAGUGUUGUCUAAACUUC